AUGGAUUUCUUCAAUUCAAACAGGGACAAGAAGUAUGGAAAAAGAGCAGGAUUGUUCGGUCACAAAAAUGCGAGCAAGAGCAACCCUUCGAGCCCACCUCAUCCCACCGAGGGUCGAUCUCCGCCUGUGUCUUAUUUCGUCGGCAUCAAAAGAUCGGAAUCAGAGCACGCGUUCCCAAUCUCCGAUGACCAUACCACUCACUGGAAACAACAGCAAGCCUCUGAACGUGUCCGCAAUUCCCACCAUCGCCCUCCGGUCUACAGAUAUAGCACGCCGGAGCGUCCUAGAGAGCAUGGUAAUGAUAGAACCGAGGGCAUGACUUAUGAGCCUGAUGCCGACGUGACCCCGAGGAGCAACGGUUCUAUGAGCCCCUUUAGAUCUGCAAGAACCCGCACACCUGAUCGCCGUAGAAGGUCUACCGAGUUUAGCAGAGAGCUGUACGAGAGAAUGUAUGAGGCAGAGGCCAAUGUGAGCCCUUUUCACCCCUCCAGAAGCCGCUCUCCAGCUCCCUACAACAACACGAAUGAUCGAGGGAGAGACUACAGCCGAGAAAGGUAUGAGGCAGAGGGACAUGUAACAUCUCGGAGGAGCGCUCCUUCAAGCCCAUUUCAUCCCUCCCGAAGCCCGCCACACACAAGGCCUGAGAGAUACAAGAACGGGAAAGAUCGAUUCGAGGGGAUGUACGAGGCAGAUGAAGAUGUCACACCGCGUAACAGCCCUCCCAUGAGCCCUGUUCAUGGAGCCACAAGCCGCUCUCCACCACCACCAUUCUACUCAUCCAGCGACGAUGACGAAGACAACCUUUCCACCUACCUUUUUCCAGAGAUUGCUACUGGGCAUCGUUCCAGGGGGGUUUCAGGGAGCAGCACGGUGCGUUUUGUCAUCUCUUCCGGACAUCUUUUUCUGUUUACCAAAGCAGAGUAUCCAAAUGAUUUCUUUCCGUUGUUGCAGCCGGUUCACUACAAGUACCAGAUCACCACCGGGGCAGAUACCUACGAGCAAGACAGGCAGUUCGAGCCCCCGGAGCUCGCGGACGAGUCUGAGAGCUUCACGCUGCAGGAGAUCACUAAAAUGCGCGGACUUGAGAGCUACGAGGCAGGAAAGGAGAUACAGCGGGCUUACGUCUCCGUCGCCAAUUACAAGGUGAGUCAGAGCGUCUCCGCCACGCUCAAGGCGAUCAUAGACAAACACGGAGACAUCGCCGCCUCCUCGAAGCUGCAAUCCACCUCAACAAGGUCCUUUUACCUGGAAUCCCUAGCGGCAGCAGUGAUGGAGCUGAAAUCGACGGCGCUGAGAGAUCUGAGCAAGACUCGCGUGGCGGAGAUCGCGGCGGUCGUCAAGGACAUGGACUCGGUCAAGAUCGACGUGACGUGGCUCAAAACAGCCGUAGGUGAACUAGCGGAGGCGGUGGAGUGCUUCGGGCAGUACGACGCGGCGAAGAUGGAGAAAGAGGAGUGCAAAAGGGGAAUGACGGAGGGGAAGGUGGAGAUGGAGGAGCUGAAAGAGGAGCUGAGGAGGAGAGAGGAGGAAACAAAGGACUGUCGAGAGAGGGUGACGGCGAUGGCGGGUCGAAUGGGGCAGCUAGAGAUGAAGGAUUCGAGGGUGAGGAAGAACCUGGAGCUGUUCCAGAGCAAGGUCCAUAAAUUCGAAGGCGAAGCUGUCCUUAUCGAGCUCUGA